AUGGCAUCUUCGAUCGUCAUUUCGAGUCUAGACCAUUCCUGGACGGAGGGCAAGUCGCCAUCUCGAACGUACCAGCCACUGGCUUCUCCAUUUAGAAGCGCAUACCCUACGGGUACACGCAAAUGCAACGACAUCUUCUGUCUGAUCCCGUUCCUAGCAGUUGUAGUGAUCACGGUCGCGUUUGCAGUCAACUACGGCAACGACUUGAUCGAUGCAACGCGACUGACAGAGCUGUCAAAAUCGUCGGGCGUCGAGCUCAUGUUGCACAUCAUCGGGUUGUCGUCUCUUGCAGCCGCCGGGAUGUCCAUCAUCUGGAUUGCUGUCAUGGUACUGUUGGCGGAGGUGCUCAUUUGGGUCACCUUCGUUACCAUCAUCGCGCUCAAUGUCGUAGCCACUAUUUUGCUCAUGCAGAAAGCUCUCGUCAGCAACUCGGGAUGGUACUGGUUAGCGGCCAUGGUCUUUGGUCUCUUAGCACUACUCGUCAUGCUGUACACGUGCUACAUCCACAAGAGGAUCAAGUUUGCUGCAGCACACCUGAAAGUGGCAGGUCACGCCGUCUUCCGACUGCCAAUGACUAUCAUAGUGGCGAUAGUCAUGGUCGGAGUGCAGAUUAGCUGGACCAUUGUAUGGGUAGUCAGCAGUCUUGGCGUCGUAUUCCACUACGGCUUCCUUCAGCUCGACGAUCUCUUGUGCACGAAAGAGCGUUGUGACCUCGAGUACGAGCCCGCUGCCAUCAUCGUGGUGCUCUGCCUUAUGCUGCUCACCUACUUCUGGAUCACUUUCGUGUUGCGCAACGUCAUUGGCGUCACGACCGCAGGGACUAUCGCUGCAUGGAAAACCGCGAAUAAUGCACCGUGUAUCACGAUUGAGGCAUGGGUACGUGCAAUGACGCUGAACCUGGGCAGUAUCUGCUUGGGCUCGCUCAUUGUAGCAAUUCUGGAGACGGUGGUAUGGCUCUUGCACAUUUUAACGUGGCUCGCUGGUCGCAGUGGUAACUGCUGCUUCGUGUGCCUCUUCUCGUGGCUAUCGCGUCUCGUUUCGAGCAUUGAGAGCUGGAUCGAGUGCUUCAACCGCUUCGCCUUCUCGUACGUCGGCUGCUAUAACUACAGCUUCGUGAGGGCAAGUCGUCACGUGUUCAAGCUGUUCGAAGCCAAGGGCUGGAGUGCUAUUGUAAACGACCACCUCAUUGGCAAUCUAUGCUGGCUCAGCAGCAUCGUCACGGGUGUUUUGACUGCCUACGUCAGUCUACAACUACUCGUCCAUGCGACUGACUCGGAGGAGCAACUCGCCGUGUUCCUACACCCUCAAGUCGUUUCAGCCUUCUUUUGCUUUGUCGCUGGCUACGGCAUCAACACUUUGGUCAUGUCUGUAAUCACUAGCGCCGUGACGACUAUUUUCGUGCUUUGGGCCGAAGAUCCAACCGGAUGGCACCUCACACGUCCUCGACAGUACGAGACGCUGUAUAAAACAUGGCUCGAGGUCUACCCGAACGAGUUCAGAACUGGAUCCGAAGUCACCCAUUGCAGAUACCACUACUAG